ACACAAAAUUCUACACUAAUUCGUUUUCGUGCAAAAAACUAGUUGAGCAAAAUAAGUAAAAAGAAGAGUAUUGUCGGUGGGUGAAAAAGAAAAGAAAAAGUGGAAAAUUUGCUGUCCGUUAUCUCGACUUUAGUCCAAUUGAGAGUGAACUCUGCUGAAUGCUAUAAAUUGUUUGCAUUGGGAGUUGGCAUUAUACCAACUACCAAUAAUUGUUGUAGCAUAAGAUCAACACUAUUUUUCUCUUCUCAAUUAUAACCUUUUGGAACUUUACUGCAAUUUUCAAUUUUACAAAAAUGGCUGUAGAAGUUUGUGUCAAAGCUGCUGUUGGUGCUCCUAGCGUCCUUGGCGACUGUCCAUUUUCUCAAAGGGUUCUUUUAACAUUGGAAGAGAAGAAAGUCCCUUACCAGUUACACCUUAUCAACGUAGCUGAUAAGCCCAAAUGGUUUUUGGAGGUGAAUCCAGAGGGAAAAGUGCCAGUUAUAAAGUGGGAUGAUAAGUGGGUUGCUGAUUCUGAUGUUAUUGUUGUUCUUAUUGAGGAGAAAUAUCCUCAUCCUUCUCUUACUCCUAACCCUGAAUUUACUUCUGUGGGCUCUAUGAUCUUUACAUCUUUUGUGGCGUUCUUGAAGAGCAAGGACAGCAAUGAUGGUUCUGAACAAGCUCUACUGGCUGAGUUGAAGGCACUAGAUGAACAUCUCAAACUUCAUGGGCCAUAUAUAUGUGGAGCUAACAUUAGUGCUCUUGAUUUGAGCUUAGCACCAAAGUUGUAUCAUCUUGAGGUAGCUUUAGGCCAUUUUAAAGGGUGGUCUGUUCCUGAAAGUUUGUCUUUGGUUCGUAACUACAUGAAGUCACUUUUCGCUCGCGAGUCCUUCAAGAAAACCAAGGCAGCCAAAGAAUAUGUGAUAGCUGGUUGGGCACCAAAGGUGAACGCAUGAUUUAACGUUGAACUGAAUCCUAGCCGAACCGCUGGUGAGAUGUAUCGAGUAUUGGUAUGAAUGUUGAAUAAAGUGUUAAACUAGUUGAUGUUUAUGUUGGUGAAUUGAAUAAGUACUCGAUCUACAUCAGGAUAAUGCAGAAUUGUUGUUUGUAAUGCUUGUAACUAUACAACUAUUUCUAAUGUUACUCUUGGAUUGUGGUGUUUUGUCA